ACAAAACUAAAUUUGUCAUCCGAAUUAUCAAAAAUGGCAAACGCUUAUCAUAUGGAUGCCUUGAGGAAGCAAAGAGUUCUUGACAGAAAGAACGAUGCCCUGAGACGAAUGAUGAAUGCAGGUUCCGAGGACUCUGUACCAGGAGAUAUUGUACAAAAAGCUCUUCAACAGAGUACAACAGAUGGUUUGGUUACCACGGAUAUGGGCCAAUAUAGUCAAGUCAGACUACCAAAAAUUGACAAAGUAUAUUGGCUUGUAGCGAAUGGAAACAAUAACAAGAACAGCAGUCUUCCAUUGAAAGAGUACAGUCCCUUGCCAGCGUCGUUUCGAAAUAUAAAAAGGGACACAACCUAUACAUUGUUUCAUUCUUACGAAUUUUAUCAAGAUUAACCUCCCCUUUCACCUUCCAUUUUCUGAGACAAUUGUAUGUUGAGAUGUUGAGACCUGUGAUUAAUUUUGGUUUGCUUAAAAAGGAAAUAAGAUUUUUUGGGAAACUGACUUUCGAGCUUGGUUUCUCCACAGAACACAAAAUUAUCAGUGUAUAUUUUAAAGAAAUAUUUUUAAUGAAUUGUUCCUUUUUUCUUUAACUUAGUGAAGCUUAAACUUUAUCUAAUCAAAGCUUAAUUAUAGAUCUUGAUCAAAGGGACCAUGAUGGUAAUGGACAUUAUUUUGGCCUGAAAAUGUGAUUUGCACUCUAGCUUCAGAAAAACCAAAUUUUGACCUUUUAGGUUCAAAUAUUGCAGAUCUCGAAACAUCCAGUUGUCUAACUCACUGUUAUCUUUUUAACGUUUGAUUAAUAUGCUAAUUGUGUGCCGCACCUAAUCUAAAUUAACAUAUUUUCAGGGGAAAUAAUCACACAAGCCUAUAUUUAAGAACGAACCACGCAGCCAACCUAGCAGAAGAUAAGAUUAACCCUAUUUUACAUCCUGUUCCUAAACAGAGAGAACCUAUUGAGUUACCUCCUAGAAAACAACAUUUUAAAGUUUAAAUUGUCUUUUGUUUGCAUAUUUUGAGGAAUAUUUUUUUGUCCAUUAUCUUAAAUUAAUUUAUUCAAGGCAUAAUAUCAUCUAAAUAUUUACUUUACCAGCUGAUAGAGCU